CAUAAGAUCAGUCUGAGGAGGAGAUGUGAACGUGUGACUGAAGGAAGUGAUGAAACAGGAAGUAGAACCCUCCUCAACAGGAUCUACACUGAGCUCUACAUCACAGAGGGACAGAGUGAAGAGGUUCAUACCCAACAUGAGGUGAGGCAGCUGGAGACAGCUUCCAAGAUGGACGCCCUCCAUGACACUCCAAUCAGGUGCCAGGACAUCUUUAAAGCCUUUAAAGACCAACAGAGACCCAUCAGAGUGGUUCUGACCAACGGCGUGGCUGGUGUUGGAAAAACCUUCUCAGUGCAGAAGUUCACUCUGGACUGGGCAGAGGGCUUGGAGAACCAACAUGUCAGUGUGGUGGUUCUGCUUUCAUUCAGGGAGCUGAACCUGAUCAGAGAUGAGCAGUACAGUCUUCUGGAGCUGCUCCAUGUUUUCCAUCCAACAUUACAGAAGGUCACAGCAGAGAAGCUGGCUGUCUCUCAGCUUUUGUUCAUCUUUGACGGCCUGGAUGAAAGCAGACUUUCAUUGGAUUUCACCAACAGGAAGCUGCUGUCUGAUGUCACACAGAAGUCAUCAGUCAGCGAGCUGCUGACAAACCUCAUCCAGGGGAAUCUGCUUCCCUCGGCUCUCGUCUGGAUAACUUCCCGACCUGCAGCAGCCAAUCAGAUCCCUCCUACAUGUGUUGACAGGCUAACAGAAGUACGAGGCUUCACUGAUGCCCAGAAGGAGGAGUACUUCAGGAGGAGAUUCAGUGAUGAAGAGCUGUCCAGCAGAAUCAUCUCCCACAUGAAGACAUCCAGGAGCCUCCACAUCAUGUGUAGCAUCCCAGUCUUCUGCUGGAUCACUGCUACAGUUCUGGAGCACAUGUUGACUACAGAGCAGAGAGGAGAGCUGCCCAAGACCCUGACUGACAUGUACUCACACUUCCUGCUGGUUCAGACAAAGAGGAAGAAGAACAAGUACCAUGAGGGACAUGAGACGAGUCCACAGGAGCUGACGGAGGCUGACAGGGAAGUUCUUCUGAAGCUGGGGAGGCUGGCGUUUAAACAUCUGGAGAAAGGAAACAUCAUGUUCUACCAAGAAGACCUGGAGCAGUGUGGUCUGGAUGUGACAGAGGCCUCGGUGUACUCAGGAGUUUGUACAGAGAUCUUCAAAAGAGAGUGUGUGAUCUUCCAGAAACCAGUUUACUGCUUUGUUCAUCUGAGCAUCCAGGAGUUUCUGGCUACAGUCUACAUGUUCCACUGUUACACCAACAGGAAGACAGAGGUGGUGAAUAACUUUCUCAGAGAAAAACGUAUGCCGUUUCGAUCGAGAUUUUCUUCAGUUUUAAAUCACAGUGAUUAUAGAGACAAUUCAUCUCUGGAUGGUUUCCUGGAGAUUGUGAUGAUGAUGUCCCUCCAGAGUAAAAAUGGCCACCUGGACCUGUUUGUUCGCUUCCUUCAUGGCCUCUGUCUGGAGUCCAACCAGAGACGCUUAGGAGGUCUGCUAAGCCAGACAGAGAACAGUCCAGGAACCAUCCAGAACAUCAUCAACAACCUGAAGAAGAUGAACAGGGAUGAAAUCUCUCCUGACAGAAGCAUCAACAUCUUCCACUGUCUGUUGGAGAUGAAUGACCUCUCAUUAUUUCAGGAGAUCCAAGAUUUCCUGAAGUCAGAGAACAGAUCAGAGAAGAGACUCUCUGAGAUCCAGUGCUCAGCUCUGGCCUUCAUGCUGCAGAUGUCAGAGGAGAUUCUGGAUGAGUUGGACCUGCAGAAGUACAACACAUCAGAGCAGGGACGACUGAGACUGAUUUCAGCUGUGAGGAACUGCAGAAAGGCUCGACUGACUCAUUGUGGACUCUCAGAGUCUCACUGUGAAGUUGUGGCCUCAGGUCUGAAGUCCAACCCCUCCCAUCUGACAGAGCUGGACAUGAGUGGGAACAAGCUGGAUGAUUCAGCAAUGAAGCUUCUGUGUGCUGGACUGGACAGUCCAAACUGUCGACUGGAGAUUCUGAGAAUGGAGAGCUGUGGUUUGUCAGAGAUCAGCUGUGAUUAUCUGGCAGCAGCGCUGAAGUCCAACCCCUCUCAGCUGAGAGAUCUUGACCUGAGCUACAACAACAACCUGAAGGAUUCAGGAGUGAAGCAUCUGUGUGGUUUUCUGGAGAGUCCAGGAUGUGGACUUGAAACAUGUGAGGCUCUGUGGCUGCAGAACACUGAAGAAGAGAAAAGAGAGAUGAAGGAUGAAGAUAAAAGGUGGAGACGAAGCAGAAGGUUAGCUCCCAUGAGGAGCUGUGUGGGCGGGGUUCAGGCAGCCCCACCCACAGUGAAGCAGGUGAAGAGUAAUAAAUAA